AUGUGUUACACCCUCAGCUUUGAUUCAUUAUCAGCGAACGAAGGUCGUAUCUCCCUCCCGAUUCAUAAGUUAGAAGGAACUUCGAUCUAUUGGCCGGGAGCCGACGAGCCAAGAAGUCGAGAAGAGAUCAAGAAGGGGUUCAAACUUCGGCCAACCAAAACUGUCGACAAAUCAAAACCGUUUAUUGUGGCAGAAGGAGAAGAUGAAACCGAGAUUGCCGUGACAAAGCAAGCACCCGCAUCCGGAAUCCUUCCACCAGGACAGGCGAUUCCGAAACCAUCAUUCAUCCCUCCUCCGAUUCCAAAUGGUUUUAUACCUCCACCGUUUGAGGGUGGAAUCCCUCCACCACCUCCAAUGUUUUCUGGCGGUAUUCCUCCUCCACCACCCAUGAUGGGAGGGGUUCCACCACCUCCUCCGAUGUUCGGAGCACCACCUCCACCUCCACCACCAUCGGGAUUAGGAAUUUCUCCACAACCUCCACGACCCAAAACUCCAAUAAAUCCUGCACUGGCUAAACUGGGAGGAAAAACACCCGGAACAGUGGAUCGAGGUGAAUUCCUAAAAGGCAUCCAAGGUGGAUUCAAACUCAAGAAAACGGUUACAAACGAUAAAUCAGGAUUAUUUGUUGAUGAAGAAAUGAGAGAAAAGAGUGUCACACUUGUUGAGGCUGCACCUUCUUCGUAUAUAGCACCGGAUCGUGGAAGAAGCCCUGCACGCCCACACUCUUCUCUUGGCUUUGGUUCCGAUGACAACCGAUUCCGAACUCCCGAACCUCGAGACGACUCACCUGAACAACUUCUUGGACAACGACGACCGAUUGUGAUGAGACAGAAAGGAGCUCCACCACCGCCGCCAGCUGAAUUUGGUUUUGAUUCAGAGAAGCAGAAAGUGACUUCAGAAGAUAUCGAAAAAGAGAUUAAGAAAGGAUCAGUUGCAUCAAAAAUGGCUGCAUUGAUGGGCAAUAUGGGAUACUCGGCUGAAAAAUGCGAACAAAUCGGAACUGGAACAUUACCCCGAGCCACAUUCAGAAGAAGUCCCCUGAGAAGUUCAAUGAUGUCGUCAUCUUCUGAAGUGAACAACAACCACGACAACGAUACUCCAAAACCGAAACCCGUGUCCAAGUGGCAUGUUGACACAAACUAUGGAUUGAAAUCUGCAUCCAGAUCUAAUGUCCCAAUUGAGAAAGAAGAACGUGCUUCGUCAGUGAUGAGAGAUCGUAGCUCUUCUUGGUUGGAUCUGACGAGACCACCAGUGGAAAGAGCAAGAACACAAUCCCCAAUUCCACUGUGUGAGCGCCUAGAGCUGGAUGAUCUGGACUUUGAUCAGGUUUUUUCAUUCGUUUUGAACUUUAGUUGUAAUUUUUCAAAAAACUUUCAGCUUGUUGAUGAAGUGGCAGCUCAAGAAGCAGCAAAAGCGGCACGCGGGGAGAAACCACCUCAAAAGAAAACGACAACAACAGGGAAAAAGAAGACAAAACAACUCCCUGAGCCGAUUAGUGUGACGACAGAUUUCUGCACAACUGGAGCCAGAAGGCCGUCGACGACACCACAAAUCCAAGAGACUCCUCCAACUCCUGCUCAGAAAAAGACUUAUGGAUAUCAGCAACCAGCACCAUCAGUACCAGCAUCUACAAAUAAUUCUAGAGGAACAAAUACAUGGAGAGCGACCAGUCCAUCAUCAGCUGUCGAACCAUCCGGAGGAACGUCUCCAAUCUCUUCUUCAGUGUCUUCUGCUUCUGCUCCUUCUCCAUCGUCGCUCUCAGCUGGAUCAGUGUCUCCAGAUUCCACCCCGAAGAAGAGAAUUGGAGCGAAUCCAAACUUUGAAAAGGCAAAAGAAAAAUGGGGAGCCGUUCCGAAAGCGGAAGACACACCACCGAUAUCUCGUGGAUACUUGAUGCGUGAGAGCAAAACACCAACACGAGAAGAAACGACUCCAAUUCGAGAGAAGACACCGGUGAAGAUAGAAGAGCCGAAAACCAAAAAGGUGACUCCUUCUUCAUUAAACAAAACAAAGGAGAAAGAGAAAAGCCCUCCAUGCUUCGCCGUGACUGCUGCCGAAGCGAAAGGUGCUGCGGCGGUUGCGAAGGCGAAGAGUCGGAAGAAGUCGUUGAAGUCAUCAGCCCCUUCUGUUCCUGCUACCAACACCACCGUCAGCCCCACCACCACCACUUCCACAACUAACAAACCUACUAGCACUUCCUCAAACAAGCCAAACACCACCUCGUCCACCGAGCAUUCCCCUUCCCCGAAUGCAACAUCAGCUUCUUCCCAAAAACGAGACAGUAUUGGCAAUGCUGAUAUUAAGAAGAAGACUCCAUAUGGACAACCGAUGAUUGGAACUGUUGCUGAUCGUGCCAGUCGAUUCAAACAGCAGCUGCAGGCGGAUGAGGACAAAGGAAAGAAACCGUGGCAGAAUCCCUUCAUGUCUUCUACACCACCACCGACGUCUUCUCGUUCUGCUCGAGAACAGCUUUUCUCUUCGUCUCCCCGUCCUAGUCAACACGUGAUUAACGUGCCAAUCAGUGCUCCAUGGUAUUCGUGUGAUCCGAUUGUCAACCCGGAGCCACCAACUGUGCGGAGAUCCGUACCACGUCUGUCGAACGCGUCCAAAUACUCUCCCAACUCAUACCGGGUAUCGUUUAUUUGUCUCUUUUUCUCAAUUUCUGUCUCAACAAUCCCCUUUGUCGGCGUCGCGACGAUCAUUGACAGAACAUUUCAAAGAGAAGUGCUCCAAAACUGUCUUUCUUAUUUCCAAGUUUCUACAAAGACCAUGUGUGAAAAUAACCGAAUAUCUCAAUUAUAUAAUUUACAGAUCUCGUUCGACGAAUUCACGGUACCCCAUCCAUCACAAAUGCGCGACCAUAUCCACUUCAACAUUGAUUUGUCUCAUGAUAUGCCGCUCUUCGUUUCUCGUCGCUAG